CUUCAUUCUUAGGAGUACCCGACGCCCGAAACAAACCACUAGCAGAGCCAACCAGUCAAGAUGCCGAAGAACAAGGGAAAGGGUGGAAAAAACAGGAGAAGAGGAAAGAACGAGAACGAUGACGACAAGCGCGAGUUGGUCUUCCGUGAGGACGGUCAGGAAUACGCUCAGGUCACCAAGAUGCUCGGAAACGGUCGCCUCGAGGCCAUGUGCUUCGACGGCGAGAAGCGAUUGGCACACAUUCGAGGAAAGAUGAGGAAGAAGGUCUGGAUAAACCAAGGCGAUAUCAUCCUAUUGUCGCUGCGAGACUUCCAGGACGAUAAAGCAGACGUCAUUGUGAAGUACACCGCCGACGAGGCCCGAAACCUGAAAGCCUAUGGUGAACUUCCCGAAAACGCCAAAAUCAACGAGACCGACAACUUUGGCGAGGAAGACGGAGAGUGCACAUUCGAGUUCGGAGAGGAUGAGGAGGUCGAUAUCGAUGACAUCUAAUUCACCACCACCACCAUCCUGGGACUAUCACCGUCAUUCGUUUUUGAUUCCGGCUCUAUUUCCACAUCGCGUUGCUCACGACGGUUUUUGGUUUAUGGCUUGUCACGAUGGACACACCGUACACAGGAAGGACGAGGUAGAAGUUUGGUUGCACGAAUCGUCAUCUAUCUUCUAGUUCCCUUCAUUGAUAAACUCAUGCUCAUGUGGUCACGGUUUUCGCGAACCUGCCUUCCUUCUUCCAUUCACAUUCCACCCUGUGCCCCAGAACCACUUUUCCCUUUCCUUCAUACUGUUUCAAGUUUCAACCCGUUUGCCACUUGCAUAUGUUGUAGCUUUAUAUCAUUAUUCCCCUCUUUUUCUUACCGAAAGCUAUGUCU